AUGAAUAACAAAGAGGACAAAGAAACCGUUACAAUUUUGGAGGAUGAUAGUGGCGAAUCCGAAGACGAGGAGGAUCUUAAUAAAGAAAUGGGCGGAACCGAGGAUGGUGCUGAAAAACUGGACGAACAGAUUUGGAGUGACAAUGAAGAAGAAAAAAAUGAGCACGACGAAAUGAAUGACGAGGAUCAAGGCAAGGGCACUAAAGACGAAAAGGAUGCUCAUAACGAUUUGGACACAAAAAACGAUGUGGCCAAUGAAGAUGGAAAGGAUGAGCAUGAAAAAGAUGGGCUAGACGCCACCAACGAGCCAAACUCCGAGGAUAAACGUAAGGAGCAAGCUAAGGACAUUGAUGAUAUUAGGAGUCCUGAAGUGGACGAAGAGCAAACGAAUGUCUUUCACAAUGAGCUUGAGGAGCCACCAGAGCCAGAGGAAAUGGACCUUGGCGCUAUGAAUAAUGUAGAUGAGGGACACGAUGACCUUGAGGAUCAGGUUGAUGAAAAUCCGUUUGAUAUUGAUGCAAUGAAAGAAAACAACCCGCCUGAAAACUUGGAGGACUUCGAGACUAAGAAUAUUUGGAAACGUGUGAAGGAUCUUCCGGUAGAAAACGAAAAGCGUCCACCUUGGCGUGCUGUCAGCGUUUCUACCCUUCCGAAGCCAGACAAGAGUGCAUUAUUGCGCGCAAAGCUCUUAGAUGCGUCAAGGCGUAUGAGAGCUGGAAAGAUUAAUACAUCUGUCCAGACGGAUUUGAUGCCUACCAAAAUUAUGAAAGAGGUCAGCCUAGAUACACAAAACGACUUGAUUUUAUAUAGUGAUGUUGCCAUCUUAACAGAUGGAAAUUAUACAAUAAGAAAAGAUGGAUCCAAUCAAUAUGUAUUGACCUACUCCAAAUCGCAAAUGACUGAUGAUAUGACUGUGCCUACAAUGGAUGUAUCUACGCAAACUUUAUUGCCAAAAUAUUUCAACGACAGUUUCAUUUAUGCAUACUUAUCAGACGCUGAUGGAAUUAAUUCAUUAUUAGCUAAGCGCAGGUUUUACAUUAAUCAUAAUAAUACAAAGAAAUCAUGGGCAGCGUUGUUAACACCAACUUUAUCUUCCUGGCGUUUUAAUGAUGAUUUAAAUAAAUUGAAAUCAGCAAAAAUUUGCUUGCCGUAUAUAAGUGACCAUAACAAGCCGGUGAGCUUUAUGCCGUUUCCAAUUCGGCUUAGAAGCAUGUCAGUGAUCGGAAGCAGGGUUACAGAUUGGAACGAUUUUUUUCAGUGCAUCGACGAAUUAAUUGAAGAAUCAAAUAAUUUGGCUGAUAAGCUUGAAAAAAUAGAGAACAAAAAGAGAUAAUUUGUAAUACUUUAAAAUAUUAAUUACGAGUGCACAUACAUAGGUAACUAUAUGUCUUCAUCAAAUUUUUGGUUGCCAAUAAUUGAGCAACAAGAGAAAAACUUGUAUUUGAUAUUGAACAGCGGUAACUAUUGA